UAUUCCAAUCAACCAAACCAACACACAGAUCUGGCACUGAUACACUCCCUCUUAUCAUCUCCAAUACCACACGCCCACCUCCUCAUUUGUAUAUAAACUGCUCCACAUCGUCAGCUUACUUCCUUCGCCUCCAUAACCAUCUCUCCCACACUUUCGUUGAUUUGGUUCUUGUGUUUUAAGUUAUGGGUUCGGGGAUCAUGCCAGAUCUUGCUUCCGAGAUCUUGAUUCCGGUGUGUGCCGUUAUAGGCAUAGCCUUCGCGUUAGUUCAGUGGGUUAUUGUCUCUCGCGUUAAGCUCUCACCGGGAAGAGGCUCGAAUGGUAGAGGGAAGAAUGGGUACUCUGAUUGCUUAAUCGAGGAGGAAGAAGGACUCAAUGACCAUAACGUCGUACUCAAAUGCGCUGAAAUCCAGACUGCAAUCUCUGAAGGGGCAACCUCGUUCCUUUUUACGGAAUAUCAGUAUGUCGGGAUUUUCAUGGUUGCUUUUGCAAUCUUGAUUUUCGUUUUCCUUGGCUCAGUUAAUGGGUUCAGCACAAAGAGCCAGCCUUGCACAUAUGACCCACAAUCAAUGUGCAAGCCAGCUCUUGCCACUGCUGCCUUCAGCACGGUAUCGUUCCUGCUUGGAGCUUUCACUUCAGUGGUUUCUGGCUUCCUAGGGAUGAAAAUUGCCACAUAUGCAAAUGCUAGAACCACCUUGGAGGCAAGAAAAGGGGUUGGGAAGGCCUUUAUUGUUGCGUUUAGGUCUGGCGCUGUCAUGGGUUUUCUCCUUGCAGCAAGUGGACUUUUGGUACUUUACAUUAUCAUUAACCUCUUCAAGCUGUACUAUGGUGAUGACUGGGAAGGCCUUUUUGAGGCUAUAACUGGUUAUGGUCUUGGGGGUUCCUCCAUGGCUCUCUUCGGCAGGGUCGGUGGAGGUAUCUACACAAAAGCUGCUGAUGUUGGUGCUGAUCUUGUAGGCAAGGUUGAAAGGAACAUUCCUGAGGAUGACCCAAGAAAUCCAGCUGUGAUUGCAGACAAUGUUGGUGAUAAUGUUGGGGAUAUAGCUGGGAUGGGUUCUGAUCUCUUUGGCUCUUAUGCCGAGUCAUCAUGCGCUGCCCUAGUCGUUGCUUCCAUCUCCUCAUUUGGGAUUAAUCAUGAUUUGACUGCAAUGUUGUAUCCUCUAAUCAUCAGCUCAGUUGGUAUUGUUGUUUGUUUGAUAACAACCUUGUUUGCAACGGAUUUCUUCGAGGUCAAAGCUGUUAAUGAGAUUGAACCAGCAUUGAAAAACCAGCUCAUUAUUUCAACAGUUCUGAUGACUGUUGCAGUUGGAAUUGUUACAUGGAUAUCUGUUCCAUCUUCAUUCACCAUCUUCAACUUUGGAACCCAAAAAGUAGUGAAGAACUGGCAACUCUUCUUAUGUGUCGCUGUUGGUCUUUGGGCUGGACUCAUUAUUGGAUUUGUUACUGAGUAUUAUACAAGCAAUGCAUACAGUCCUGUGCAAGAUGUUGCUGAUUCCUGCCGAACUGGAGCGGCUACUAAUGUCAUAUUUGGGCUAGCAUUGGGAUACAAAUCUGUCAUUAUUCCUAUAUUUGCUAUUGCAGUUAGCAUAUUUGUUAGUGUUAGCUUUGCUGCCAUGUAUGGUGUUUCGGUUGCUGCCCUUGGAAUGCUGAGCACCAUUGCCACUGGGUUGGCUAUUGAUGCAUAUGGUCCCAUCAGUGAUAAUGCUGGAGGCAUUGCUGAGAUGGCAGGCAUGAGUCAUAGAAUCCGGGAGAGAACCGAUGCCCUUGAUGCCGCUGGAAACACAACUGCUGCUAUUGGAAAGGGUUUUGCUAUUGGUUCUGCUGCUCUGGUGUCCUUGGCUCUGUUUGGUGCCUUUGUGAGCCGUGCAUCUAUCACGACAGUUGAUGUGCUCUCUCCAAAGGUUUUUAUUGGUUUGAUUGUCGGUGCUAUGCUUCCUUACUGGUUCUCUGCCAUGACAAUGAAGAGUGUGGGAAGUGCAGCUCUGAAGAUGGUUGAGGAAGUCCGUAGGCAAUUCAACACCAUCCCUGGUCUUAUGGAGGGAACUGCGAAGCCCGACUAUGCUACCUGUGUUAAGAUCUCCACUGAUGCUUCUAUCAAGGAGAUGAUCCCACCUGGUGCCCUUGUUAUGCUCACCCCACUCAUUGUUGGGAUCCUUUUCGGUGUAGAAACUCUGGCUGGUGUUCUUGCUGGAUCUCUCGUGUCUGGUGUACAGAUUGCCAUCUCUGCUUCCAACACUGGCGGUGCUUGGGACAAUGCCAAGAAGUACAUUGAGGCUGGUGCUUCUGAGCAUGCGCGAACCCUCGGUCCCAAAGGAUCAGAUCCACACAAGGCAGCUGUUAUUGGAGACACCGUUGGAGACCCUUUGAAGGACACAUCUGGACCUUCACUCAACAUCCUCAUCAAGCUAAUGGCGGUUGAAUCACUUGUGUUUGCACCAUUUUUCGCUACGCAUGGUGGCCUCCUCUUCAAGUUAUUAUAAACCAUUGAAUCAAAUGUGGGAUAGACAGUCUACUGGUCACUCUCUGCUGGAUCUUUGUUCUUCCCUCCACAUGCUAAAAAUUAUUAUGUAGUUUGUAGUGCAUGGUUGACUCUUAAUUGGCAGCAAAUUUUCCCUCCCAAGGGGUUGGCCACGAGGACGAGGACGAUAAUGAUCAGUGUUAGGAAGAGUUAGUAACUCAUUGUUAUCCCUGUUUUUCUGGGUAUUGGUAGAGCAAUUAAUUUCUGAAUCCCUUACAUUCCUUCUCUUUUUGUUCUGCUGUUAUCUCUGGGUUCUUACCUAAUUGGCCAAGAUUGAUUGUUUCUGUUUUUUACCAAGAUUAUAUUGAACAACUUGCAAGGUUUUUUUGGAUGGUCA